GCACGGGAACAUGAAUAAUCCAGGGUUUAAUUGGCAAGCUCACAACACACUGUAGUUACCCGGAACCUGCAACGAAUGGCUUUUAUCUUUAGUAAAUAUAGCUAGACAUUAAAGUAAUACAUUGUUUGUAUAAAAAAAAAACGAAUAAAGUUGUUUUAUAGUAAGUAAGGGAAAGCUACAUUGGCCAGUGUUGCUGCCUUACGAUCUUUUUGUAACACAUCUAGAAGAUGUUGAUUAAAGGACAGGAUGUAACUCAUAAUUACUUUUCACAAGACAGUCACAUUAGCAGUAAUAGUACACAAUACGUCCAGCUAAAUAGUUAUACGUCCAGUAUGUACGUUUUGAUUAAAUAUACGUUAAAGUCAAUCCAUAUACAAUAUGGAACCUAUUUUAACAGUUUUCUGUUUCAGGGGGACGUAAAUUACCACAGCAAUGUUUUUGGGCAGCAUUGCCAAUGCAUUCAAUGUACCGUUGACGCUGUAAGUUCACUGUUUAUUUUUAAUGACAAAUCAAUAAGCGUUAAUAUGAACUUCACUUAGAAUAAUGUUAGUCAGUUACAGUAGCAGCUCUGAAGAGGAGACAGAAAAUAUACAAUUAAAAUGGGUUACCAAAAGGCGGCAAAGUUGGCACGAAGAUGACAGUUUAUUAAGGAAGAAGCCCAAAUCAGAAGAACACCCCCCCAGAGCAAGGGAGGAAGAUGACACCAAGUCCAGACUACCUUUUCCUAGCAGUGUGCUGGACAUGUUCACAGAGGAAGAUGAAAACUCACAGACUGAGGACAGAACGCUACAUGGUGGACGGAUUCGUUCCUUCAAACAUGAAAGAGGGAACUGGGCCACUUAUGUGUACUUUCCAUACAUCCCAGAGGAAGGGUUCCUGGAGCUGCUUGAUGAGAUGACUAAAGUGGCAGCAUCCCAUGGCAUCUCCCUCAUUCAUACAGAUGAGUUUCACCUCAGUCUAUCUAAGACUGUCAUUCUGAAACAUCACUGGAUCCAGCCUUUCAUUAAAUCCCUAAAAACAAGCUUGGCACAUAUAAGGAGGUUCAUUUGUUCGGCUGAGAUGCUGAAGGUCUACUGUAAUGAUGACAAAAACAGGACGUUCCUGGCUAUGGAAUUUUCCACAGGACAGGCUCAGCUACUAGAGCUAAUGAAAGCUGUGGACAGCACCAUGAUGGAGUUCAACCUUGACACUUUUUACAAGGAUCCUUCCUUCCAUGUCAGUCUGGCCUGGUGUGUUGGUGACUGCACUGAGCACAUUCAGAAAGAGUGUCUGCAGGACUUGCAGAGUCUGGUUGACUCCCAUGAGGAUGGACCAUUCAUGUUGAGACUGGACUGUCAAGAGCUUCGAUUUAAGUCUGGGAACAAGACUUUUUCCUUUCCACUACGCUGACAACUUCAAAGGAACCAGUUCCCCUUUAGCCUGUGGUCAAUUGUAAUGUUAGGACACCUGAAUAGCGAGGCACUGAAAUACGACAUUGACAUUUUAAAAACUGAGGAAAUAAAGUAUUUUUAAAAAAUGA